UGAUUUGUUUAAAUACCGUCAAGACGUACAGCUGAUAAAUCUGAUAAAUUCGCUUUUUAAUAUGUAAGAGGUCUUUUUUAUUUGAACUAAACCCCAUUUAAAGUGUAACAAAACUUGGAUUCGCUUUUAAAAGAGAUAAAAAAAAUGAACAAUUGAGUAAAGGUUGUCCAGUGUAAACGGCACUUUAUAAUUGCAAAACCACAACAUUGAUGAAAUGCUGGAGCUGCUGAGCAGGAUUCGCCCGACAAGGCUGCCAUGGAGGAGCUGCAUGUCCUUGGCUAUUCAACCGGUACAGAGACGCCCCCUCGCAACACAAUCAGCCGGCAAAAGUACGGCAAACGACCUCGCCGGAUUCACCGAGUGGCGGACAGUCUAUAGCCUGCCUUCCAUACGGAUUGUGGCCGCAUUCAGUAAGCUCAAGGUCUACCAGGCGGUCAUCACGGCAGCCGGAACGCCCAUAGCCUUUGCUUUGGGAAACGCCGGACAGCUGAGCACGGAUGCCCUGGCCAUUUACGCCGCCGUGGGAAUCAGUGGUCUGGUCACCCUCACACUCGCCAGCUUUGCCGCCAAGAACCUCGUGGGCUUCAUCUACGUCAACGAGCAGCAGGAUCUGCUGAAGCUGGCCUACGUCGACUUCUGGGGACGACGACAGGAGACGCUGGUGGACACCGACGAUCUGCUACCUAGCUGGGAACUGGGCAGCCCGUCCCGUUUGAGGUUCGUUUCGACCAUCUGCCUGCGCAGCGAUCCUAAACAGCGGUACAAGCUGCUGAAUCGCUUUGGCCAUGUCAGCGAUCCCCACGUCUUUGAGGGCCUCUUUGGAACUGAUUGAAGUUAGUUUUAUAUAGUUGUUGUACCGGAGAAAUCCACUUGUUUAUAUCUGAAUUACAAAAUCAUGUUAUCAUGUA